CCUGUUUGGAGUUGAGAACGGAAAAAAAAGAAACUAGGAUAUGUGUAGAGGGAGUGUGGCAGUGCGAUGGGGGUAAAAAUGCUUGGCAAGGCACUUUUAGCUGUUUUAAUCUGGCGGCGAGACGAUGUCUGCCUCGCGCUCACACGCACAGCGCAGGCUCGCGUUAUUCGGCCAUAUUGGCGUGAUGUGCUGGCUAGAGAAAGAGAGAAGUUUCACAGCCUAGGCCUAUGAUUAUCAUACACUGACGAGUGAGUGAGGUUGGAUGAUAAGGAACUGACCACCACUCUCACCCAUUAUCUUGACAUCAUUGGCCGAGAAUGCCCUACAAUAUACACCAAGAGGGUCAGGCCUUUUACACUGACAACUUCUACACCACCAGGAACUGUAACAGUAGCUCACCAAAUCACAAUCGUAUUUAUCCAGCCAGCUCUUCACCGAAUUCUAUGCUGGUGUCCCCCAGCUCGAUACAUCACAAAAACAUGCCAGUCACAUAUCCUGGGUCUAACGAUUUUGACAUGCAACCUCUUGAUCUUAGCGUCCGCUCAAACAGGGAGGAACCAAUGGCCAAAAAACCUCGGACAGACGAACUAAGAACAAAUUCUUCAGCUAGUUCUUAUAACUACGAGAAUAACUACAGGGGAGGUCGGAUGUGUCCUUACCCACCACCUAGUCAGAACUUAUCUAGAUCACCUAAUCCUCCAAUGUCAUCUUCCCCACAUAUACGAUCAGAGUCGCCGUACUACAGCCACCAUCAUACGAGUCAUGCCUAUUACAAUGGUAACAGCCAAUCUAGUUCACUAUCCAUUAACGCUCCUCAUAAAUAUGCAGCUGCAAUUUCCAGCUCACCAAUCCAAUCAGAGUCUGGCAUUGCCAGCAAAGUCAUACCCGGUCAUCCGUCAUUAUUCCGACCUUUCAAUAGCCAUACAGAAACAGACAUGGAAAUGUAUGAUUUACAACAGGGGCGAAAUCCUUUUUAUAUCAGUAAAUCGGAAAAUAAGCCUGCCUACUUAGAUAUGGAUUACUCUGUCCAGUUUCAUAAAACCGCAGAUAACUAUCAAGACAAGCCUAAGCCAUUUGUUCAUUCUGUAGAGCAUAAAGGUGAGGCUGAACACAGACAACAUGCAAAUCUUGUUCCUCUAAAAAAUUCACAUGUGGUGAAAUGCGACUCGAAGGAAAUCUCAGAUGGUCAAACAGUAGCACACACAACUGGUAAGAUCCAAUGUAGUUCAGAAGAUUCUCACUUUGGAUACUUUUCUAGUGCUAAGAAAGGAACUAAUCACAGGAGUGGUUAUUUCAAGGACUUCACAUCUGAAGAUGCCCUGACCUCACCCACCUCUGCUCAGAGUGUCACCCCUGGGUCAUCUGGCGCAAGCAUUUCUGGGUCCUCUUCACCUAAGGAGCCAAAGCCUGGACAGCAGUUGUCAACCACACCCACCCCUGUCUUUCCACAAGUCACUGUGACUAAUAAAGAGAAUGCAUGUAAAAAUAAGAGCAAAAAAUCUUUAAUUCUGAGUAGGAGUGCAGGAUAUUUCACCAGCCCAGACUCUUCCUCUGCUGUUGUUGGUUCAGUCAUAGACGCUGUUGUAGCUGAGAAGAACAAACUUAAUGAUAGGAACAUUAUCAAAAUCACCUCCCCUGAAAACGUAAACAGUGAAGAGCGCAAUAAAAUAAGUCUUUUAGACUUCUGGAUAUCAAAAAUUCUUAUGGAGCGCAGUGAAGAAUUACCAAAAAAAUCAUGCGGAGUGGAUUAUAAACUUGUAGAUGGUCACUCUAAAAUUCGUAUUAGUCUAGUGGAUCUCAUAGAAUUACAGGUGGAACAGAGUCUAAAAACCUAGUGUAUUUGUCUGAUUGAUAGUUUUUAAAAGACUGAUCUCUGUUCGUGAUCAUGAAUAGCAUCAACCCUUGAUAUUUUUUUUUCAUUAUUUAUUUAGCUGUCUGAUUAUCAAAAUUUUAAGUGGAAAAAUUCAGUGCUUUAUCUUCGUAAUAGUGUAGACUAUGACAAUUAAUUCUAAUCUAAUGGAAAGUAAAGAUCUUAAAGAAAUGGUUUGAUGAAACUAAAACAACAGAUCAGUGUGUAACGCCCAUACAUAAUGCUUUCAUUACACAACUUGUAAAGUAUUUCGAAAAUAUUUUACUGUCAAAAUGGCUUUGUCAUUGUUUUUAAUGGCAAACAUACUUUUAAAACAAUGAUGAGGAUAUGAUUGUAAAACAUCUAAAGAUGUUAUUAUAAAAAGUUGUCUUCACUGAAUUCCGUCUUUGCAUGCUUAUUAUUUUUCCAGAAUCAUCAAAUGAAGCUUUAAUUUCGAUUUAUUUAAAUUCUAAAAAUGGCUGUAUGUAAAUACAUGAAGCUGUCCUGUUCCUCCAUGACUGUGCCAUAUUACAACAGGUUCUCUCCUAAAAGUGAUUUUUUUUUUGUUCUUAUUAUCUGUGGUAUCAAGAUAGGGUUAUUACUUGCUGCUCAAGUUUUUAGCUUAGGUUCUGAAAAAGUUCGAUUUUAACAUAAUAUUUGGCAGUAUUAUAAAUAAAUAUAAUGGUGUUCUGAUAUAUUGCAGCUUGUCAUAAUUAAUUACUUUUGAGCAAAUAGUAAAUAUAUGUAACUUAAUGACAAAAAUAAAAUAACAUUUAUAAGAAUAGUUUAUGUCGGUAAAUGUUUUUAUUAUAGAUUUAGAAAAAAUGUUAAUUUGACUAUCAUUCUUAAAUAAGCUUUUUAAAAAGCAUAUUCAAUAUUCUUUACCAUUUAUAAAAGAAAAUGUUAGCUUAAUAAUUUAUCAUGUAAAAAGUUAGAAGGGAUACAUCCAAGGAAAGGUGAUAUUAGAUUAAAUAAAUAAUUUAAUAACUUGACAGCAAAUAUCAGUGUGAUCUCAGGAGCUUUAGUUAGUGCUUCAGUCUGCACUGCCAUUAAAAAAAAAAUCCAUCUUUUAUUUUAAUUUCUUUUUUGUUGUAAAAAUCAAAACAAUAAUUUAUGAUACACGGUUUGCAUGAAAUAUUCAUCACUAAGCAGAUAUUAUAUUACAGUCAUCUUAGCUGAGUUUCCAUGAGUGUCAGUGUAGAUCUCAAAUAUAAAAAAAUAACCACAAUCUUUGAGAAACUAACAGUUCAGUUCAUAUCUGUCUGAUAGUUACAUCUUUAUUGGCAUUUGUUCAUUCAACUUUCAAGCAAUACUUCUCCAUUGCAAAUACCAUUAUGAAUUUACCACACAGCAUUAUGAAAUAUUCACUAUUCAGCAAAGACUAAUGGAUUUUUCAUGCAUAUACCGCCCUCCCACAAUGUUUUGAGCUACUAUAUAAGAAUGAUUGUGUCAAUAAUGCAGCAUUUAGGCUGUGCUGGGUAGUUGCACUAUACGACACAAAGCUAUUUCUUUUUUGUAUUUCAUACAAAAGUGGGUUAUUUUUAAAUGAUAGUGUUUUCAAUUGAUAUGAAAAUAUUCCAUUGCAUCUUGCAUGGGCUUUCAUAGGGAAUCCCCAGUGUCAGUUCAUCACUUAUCUGUCAGUUUGUCUUCUUUGUUCUUUUCAAGUGAGGAACUUGAUUGGCAGUUACCCUUGUGUCACCACUAAUGGUCACUAUUUGUCACCAAUUAUUUUCUCCAGUGUUCUAAUCACCUGCCCCAUUCUCACUCAAGCAGUCACAUAGAUCUUUUAUUGCUUUUUCUACUUUAACCCUUUACAGUUCUAUGUGUAAUCAGAUUUUUUUUUCUUUUUGCGUGGUACAGUCCUAAGAGCCCAAAAACGCAUUCUGUCUUUGCUAUUUUUUUUCCCGCUUUUAAGUUGGUAAUAAAAAAUUUAUUGCAUGGUAAUUGUGUAAAAGUAAUCCGUUUUUCUCAGUGAAUUACAAUAAAUUACAUUGUUUUAAUUAAUAACUGCACUUGGGUUUUUAAUUAACUAUUUAAUGCAACAAUUUUUAAAAAGAUGAUAAAUUUCCUUUUACUUGGCUGCAUGGCAAGGAUAAAAAUUAAGAGCCUGAACUGUAAAGGGUUAACCAAUUUAUUUCUUUAUGUCUGAGUUUCUAUUAGUCUGUAGUUUUUGCUGUGGCGGACUUGCGUAACUGAAACUCACAUGCCGUCAUUUAUAUCUUAUGUGUGUUAUACAUACAUUACUUUAUAAACACUUAUGUAUUUGAAAUAAACCAUUUUUUUCAUAAUAAACAUUCAUCUAUAAAUGUUAUUAAAAUUUGUAAUGAAUUUUUUUUUAUAUAUAUAUUUUGGUAUCUUGGAUAAGUAUUUAUAUUAAAAAAUAAUGCUUAUCACCUUGAUAACUACCUGCAAUUUUUAGGAAACUUGAGCAGUAUUGUCUUUUUAUUUUGUGGCAUUUGAUACAGAUUGCCAUCACGUGGAUGCCAGUUUGCCAUAUUUUGUAAAAUAUCAACUUUGAAAAAAUAUGUAUCUCCUGUUUAUAUGUACAUAUUUUAUGCUUGGUUUCUGUACAAUGGUUGACUCAGAAAUUCUUUUUUAAAAAGAUUUUUGUAUUGACAAUGUUUGUUUUAGACAUGUUAGGUGCUGUUUUAAUUAAACAUUUGAAAUGGAAAAUUAAAAAACAAACUUUUUGGCCACUUAAUUCAAAAUUGUCAUACUUCCUCAUCUGCAUUUCUGAAGUUUUGACCUACUAAGUUAAACAGUUUUAUCAAAAUUUCAUGUGUUGGUUUUUCAAAACAUUAAGAUUUAAAUUAUUAAAAUUCUUUUAAAAGUUUCUAUCAAAUGCUGCCAUUUCCCAUAAAACACCAGUGUACCAACACAAUGUAGAUUAUGCUGUAGUACUAGUUUAGUAAAAAGAAGUAUGCAUUGUUUGAUAUUUUUUAAGAAAAAAUAACUUCAUUUAUUUCUAAUUAAAGGAUGUUUUUUGGGGAUCUUGAAAAUACCUGGCUGUUUGAUUGUGAAAAAAAAUGUCAGAAGAUGCACAAGUAUCUCUGAAUCGGUUAAUUAUAACUAUUUAAUUAUUAUUUAAUUAAAGUUGAUUAUUAAUAAGUUAAUUAUAAUUAAAGCUAAUUAUAAAGGGUUUUCUGUAAAUGAUGCUUUCUUUUACCUUCUGUCACAGUAAGUCAUACAUUUUAUCUGGAAUAUUAAGCUUGGCUAGUUCAAGAUUUAAAAACUUAUUUCAUCAAAUUUUUAAAAAUUUAGCUAAAAAGUCCUUAACUCAACAACCCUCUUUUUUUGCACAUGUAAGUGGAUCAUUCAUAGAUAUAUAACAGAGCUUCCAAUGUUGAUGACGUUAUUUUGUUUUAAUUUGUUGUCUUAAGUUUUAUAAAUCCCAUUGAGAUCUAGUUUAGGUACAUCUGUAGGAUUGCAAUUACUUAACUUGCCUAUAACUGGGAAGACUGUGUCAUUGUUUAGACUGGCAGAAAUGAUGAUGACACGUGCCUUGUCAAUCACAGAUCAAGUGUUGCGUCAAUUUUGUUAUUAAAAUAAUGAACAACAGAUUUUAAUAUAAUCUUGCAGGCUUUGUACACUAUCGGUAAUAGUUAAAUGUAAGUUUACUGUAUUUAUAGUCUUGUUAAUCUGUCAAACUUUUUAAAUCUAACAAUUUUAUAGAUUUUGUCAGCUAAUAGUAACACUAAUUUAAUGUAAUAACAGUGGGACACUUGUAGUAGCUAUAGUAUAUGGCUGAGGAACUUUGCCCAGAAAAAUCAAAGACAUGCCUGAAACAACCUGGCCCCCGAACUGAAAUUUGAUAGGUAAUGCAGCCCUCGGACUGAAAAGUUUGGAGACCCCUGAUCUACAUCAUCAGAGGAAUGUAGCUGAACCAUGAAUCUGUUAAGCUCUUUUUAUAAAAGUCCUGAAUUGUAAUAGUGUAGAGCAGGUGUUCGUAUAACAGGAUGUAAACAUCACCUUCACAGUGUGAAGUUUUAAAACAAGGUUUUAAUAACCAGAAAUCUAGCUAGCACUUUUUGUUUUGUUCCUCUCUACACCUGUGUUAAAUCAUGUAAAACCAAUCCAUCUAAUGAAAUUAAAUGAUUUGAGUUAAACUUGGUCACAUGUCCACAGCUGUCUGUGUAUGCUUGAAGAUAUUAGCAAUAAUUUGCCAUAUAAUGUUUUAUUUUAAAUUCAGUUCAAAAUAUGUUCAUACUGAUUUGUAUUGAAAUGAAACGAAUGGAGAGAAGUACAGUGAACAUAAAUCUCUUCUUAUUUAAAAAAAAAUGCUGUUUUAUUUAUAUAUUUUUGUUUGAAGUUGAAACCUGUUUUAUUUGACUGCCGAAUGUAACUAAAUGUUGUUUAAAUGUAUAUGUACAUCACAGACAUGAGCUGUGCUAGUUGAGUGAUUCAGUGCUUUGCCACCCUCCUUCCAAUAAAAGUGUAUCUGUACUGGUAAAAUAGUUUGUAGAUAGCUACUCAGGUUUGAUUUCACACACACACUUAAGCUGGUGCUUCACAUUUGACUUCACUUGUGAUAGGGUAGGGGAGAGUCGUGUCAUCCAUCUUUGUUUUAUUUAUUGCCCAUACACUCUUGUAUUUAUUUCUUCUUACUCAUUAUCUCUGGCUAAUUGGUUUGAUAAACUAUUGGUCAAUAAUUAAUCAUAAAAUACAAUUAUUGCAUUUUUUGAACAUUGUCAAAUUGUAUGAUGGACAAUUAAAUG